AUGACCACCCCACUUGUCUUAUUACCCAGCGAUGAGGUACCUCGCGACCAUCUUCCUACCAACAACUCCAACCCUCUACGGCUGGGCCCUGGCCUUCGUAUCCUCUCACAGCCCUCUUCCAAAUCUACGGACUCCAAGCAUGUCUUAACAGCCACACAAGCCGGUCUCCUCAUGACCGAUGCCAAGAAAAAUACAGUCUCUCUUCUUUCUUUUCCCAACCGCCGAUACAUCCCCACCGUCAACGACUUCGUCAUCGCACAGAUCCACCACUCUAGCGCUGAUUUCUUCCACUGUAUGAUCACUCCGCAUACAGCGCAUGCCCUCCUGGGUCAAUUAUCAUUUGAGGGCGCAUCCAAGAAGACGAGGCCAAUGCUAAAGCAAGGCGAACUGGUGUAUGCCCGAGUACUGUCUGUGGGAGUCGGCGCCGGCGCCGAAAUCGAGCUUACCUGCGUGAGUCCAUCAACCGGAAAAGCUGAAGGAGGCAUGGGUCCUCUUGCGGGCGGAAUGGUCUUCGAUGUUUCAACUGGAAUGGCUGCCCGCUUGAUUCGGGCAAGUUCCUCUUCAGCUGAGACCGAUGAAAUUGAAGGGCUUGUCGUCCUUGCUGAGCUUGAUAAAAAGUUAGAUCCCUUUGGAGGAUUUGAGCUUGCUGUUGGGCGGAACGGAAAGGUGUGGGUGAACUGCUCCGACUCUGAAGAGAACGCUGUCAAGGCUACAGUUGCCAUUGGGCGUUGUCUGCGGGAAACUGAUCAGAACAACCUUCACCCGCAUGACCAGAAGAAGCUGGUAUCAAAGGUCCUACGGGAGAUGAAGCUGACUUGA